AUGGCUGCAACUAAGUCAUCUCGUGCUAAUAACACUGUCGCCUCUGGUUCUUCUAGUCAUUCACAAGAUAAGCAUUCCAGAGUCCAGCUCCCGGAAUCGGGCACAUCAUCUGUGGCAGAGGAGGAGCAGUUGGAGGAGGAGCCCUGUGUGGCGACAGGGGAUAAGCCUUCCGGCAAAAGGCGUGAAAAGAAGCACAUCUGUAGGAAGAGCAAGUCGAGGACCGAUGAUUCUGACUAUGAUACAGGUAGCUCUUCUGAAUAUAAUAGUGAUGCUUCCCUGGGUUCCUACUGGGGUAGAGGAGAAGAGAUCUCUGGUCUCCCUGACUGGGCUCUCUCCAGAAGGGCCAAUUCCCAUCGUAAGAAGUUUGGGGGAACCCAGGAGUGGAAGGAUGGGGCUCUAGUCAAGGAUUCAACUACCUCAACUUAUUCAGAUGUCAUCCCGGGGGAUCAUCUCUCCCCUAAAUUGCGGGCAAAAAUCUUAAAUGGGGAGUUUGUAGACAUGUUUAAGUUGGUUCCUCCCGCAGAGGAGUUGGGGAGGGGUGAAAAGAGGCCUUCUUAUGGGAAGCGGAAAUGCAAGCACCCCUCAGUCCCUAGGACUUUUGACAACUGGCUGGAUGGUUUUCAGGCCUAUAUGGGGACAAUUGUGGCUGCCUAUCCUAAACAAGCGGUCCACUUGGUGGCUUACCUGUCGCACAUGCGUAUGGCAUACGUCCUUUCCAGGGAGGCCACCGCCAUUAGCUAUGAUAAGAAGUUCCGCAGGAAGGCCUCUAGGAUUGUUAGCGCGCUGGGACCAAAUAGAAAACGGCAUAUAGUCGGUAGCUGUGGGCCCGUAUGUUGA